UACAUCGUCACUCCGUUCUAGCCAGUCGCCAUUGAGCAGCCAUUUUGGUGUGUAAGGAGUGCUCAAGUACCAAAAAUCAGUGAUCUAAAUAAUUGUUUUCGGUAGGAAAAGUAUCAAAACUGCUAGUUAGUGACCCAUAUGGCUUGUUUAAAUACGUUGAAACAAGAGAUAAGGACAUUAGAAUCGGUUUUUACGAAAAAUCAUGAACGGUUUAAGAUCAUCUCUGCCAGUGUUGACGAAUUGACAUGUAGGUUUAUUGGAAAGAAUGCUGUAGAAUACACGAUCCAUGCGAAUAUUACGGAAACUUAUCCCGCAUCACCACCCGUGUGGUUUGCAGAUUCCGAAGAAACUAGUAUAGCAAAUGCGGUUCAAAUAUUAAGCAACACAGAAGGCUUGGACAAUCAUGUCCUCCAUCAGGUGAUAAUACUUCUUAGGGAACUAUGCCGAUUGCAUGGCGUUCCAGAACCACCCGACUUAGAAAGACUGCAUAUUCUAAAUCCACUAACAACAAAUCGAAUAACAUCUCGUAAUAGCACUGGCGACGGAGACUACGCAAUGGACGAUGAAAACUUAGAUAGCGACGCAGAUUUGGAUAUCGCCGAUAGUGAUGGCGAAGAAGAUAGUGAUGCUGACGAGGAUCUUGCAAUGGAAGUCGAAGACAACAGACCGAAAGCAGACGAAAUGGGAGUGGAACACUUGGCCACAUUGGAACGAUUAAGACAGAAUCAACGUCAGGAUUACUUAAGGGGCUCAGUGUCGGGUUCCGUCCAAGCCACAGAUCGUCUCAUGAAAGAAUUACGCGACAUAUACCGAUCAGACUCCUUCAAAAACAAGAUGUACCAGAUCGAAUUAGUUAGCGAUUCACUCUAUGAGUGGAACGUCAGAUUGAUGUGCGUUGAUCCUGAUAGCCCUCUCAGCCAUGAUCUCCAGAUGCUCAAAGAGAAAGAGGGCAAAGACGCGAUUCAGCUCAAUAUGUUAUUCAAAGACACGUAUCCAUUUGAGCCACCAUUUGUCAGAGUUGUGCAUCCUAUUAUCUCAGGUGGAUAUGUCUUGGUUGGAGGUGCCAUCUGCAUGGAACUAUUGACGAAACAAGGCUGGUCUAGUGCGUAUACAGUAGAAGCUGUGAUAAUGCAGAUCUCGGCUACCUUGGUAAAAGGCAAAGCUCGCAUCCAGUUUGGAACACCAAAAGUCUGCUCACAGGGGCAGUAUAGUCUAGCGCGUGCCCAACAAAGCUUCAAAUCUCUUGUACAAAUUCACGAGAAGAAUGGUUGGUUCACGCCCCCAAAAGAAGAUGGCUAAACCGACGAAGGCGACGACCAACUUCUUAUUUUUAUUUCUACAUUUUCUGUGGGCGUAGAACGCAUUGUUUCAAAAAAAAAAUAUCGCCCCUAAAAUAAACAGAGUUCCCAAAAAAUCGUCAAAAUCGUUGUUCUUAGUGCCUGCGGACAGUUUCUUUUGUUCCUUGAAAUAUUACCGUAGUGGCAGGACUAUUAGCGAGUUGUUUCAUUAGAAUGUGAUUUUUUUUAAUUCUUUUUCUGAUUAGUUAAAAAAUAAUUUCUAAAAACGAAGCACGUUCGAGUGGAAAAAAAUGACUGUGACUGUUUUAAUCUUUGUAGACGAAUCGUUAUAGAUUUUUCCUCGAUACCAAAUGUUAGACAACUCUCGGCAAAAUGUUCAAAUCACAGUGAGCUAUAUAAAAAGGUGACUACUACAACAACAUAGUUUUAUUUCAUUUUAUGACUACGACUUAGCACUAAUCAAUAAACUUAUUUAUACGGUGAAACUCGCUUAUUGGAAUAGCCUUCUUGAAAAGCAAAAGUAUUCCUAUAACCGGGAUAUUCUAAUAACCAAUCAUUGGUGGCUAGUAGAAACAUUUUGGGACCUUAAACUUCUAUUCCUUAAACCGGGAUAUUUCUAUAACUGGUAUUCGAAUAAGCGGGUUAGACUCUAUCGCAUAUACCAAAAUUCGGGUUUUUAAUUUUCUUACUCGAUUGGAUCUAGUGAACAAAGGCUUAUCAACGAAUUACAUAAAAUUUACAAUGUUUCUUCCAAUUUAAAUAAGUAUUUAGUCUGAAUAAACUGACUAAACGUGAGGAACAAAUUAUUUGCUGGCGUAUAUUUUGCCUUUUUCUUCUUUAAGUGCCAUCUCUGCGACGAAGCACACUCUCUACAUAACAUUUAAUUAGUCUUAUUCUGAAGGCCAAUGUCAAAUCUUUUAAGCAUAAAAUCUUUUUCAUUUUCACGAAGUUGUCACAUGCUUUUUCAAUUCUCACUCUUAUUUUUGCAGUAUAAUCGUUAUUUUCUGUGAUUAUCGUUCGCAAGUAAGUAUAUUUGUUUAAAACUUUAAAAAGGGGGUAAACCCUGUAGUUGGCUGUAUACCUUCAAUAUAACAACGUGGAAUGAAGUAAACACUUCUGUUGUAUGUAGACAUAUGAAUUUAUUAAAAAAUCCUUAAAAUUUAUCCACGAAUGAGUGGAAGUACAAAACGUUUUCGGUCAGACUGACCAUCAUCAGUGUAAACCUGGAAAUAAGUGAACCACUAAGAUUAAAAGCAAAAGGGUGAAAUAUUGACAGUUGAAAAAAUUUAAGAAAAUGUGGUUACUUACGUCCAGUGUACAAGUAAUUGUAACUAGCCACUUCAAUAGGUAUAAAAACCUCUAAAAUACAUUAUUGUUACAUUUAAUAUUAAAAAGUGGUCGACAUUAAGUCGAUGUCUUAAGAUUUAAAGAUCACAUGUGAAUGUAUUUCAUCCUUGCUCGAAAAUUGCACAAGGUAUGUACUUGUGUUCAGGUGAGAGGUUACGAACCAACUGAUUAGACAGUUUGGUGCCAUAAAUGUAUGACAAGAUGUCAAAGGAAGUUAGGUGGAUUUUUCAUCUGUCAACCGAAAAAAAUUUUAAUUUUCAUUUCAAUAUACCAAUUAAAACUAAAUAUUAAUCUCUUUGUUAAAAAUUUUUUAACAAAGGAUAACCAUCCACUUGAUCUAACAUAGCGACAAAAGACACUUCGUGGAUAAAUUUUAAGGAUUUUUUAAUAAAUUCAACAACAGAAGUGUUUACUUCAUUCCACGUUGUUAUAUUUCUUUACUCUCUCAAUCUGCUGGCUGCAUACCGUUAAUAUUUCGAUUGUAUUGUUGUUCUUGCUAAUUUUCAUAAAUUUGGUCUUUUUGAUGUUAAGACUAAGACUCUCCAUCUCAUGGUUAGGUCCAGGACUUAUUGACCGAGGUAUUAUGCAUCAAAAAUUCGUUAAAAUAUGUCAAGUCACCUAAAUUUUUUCUGGGUAGGAUCCUUAAAUUUGUAAUCUCGUGAAAAAUGGCCAUUACCAAUAUUUUUAGCAAUUAAUAAUUUUGUGGUCGAGUUGAAUUUUCGUGGGUAAUAAUACUUUAUAAAAAAUUUUCUUAAUACAAGUAAAUCCCCACCAAUUAUGUAGCUAUGACUGUUGAUAAUGAAAAUAUUUUCCCAAGUGACGUACAUAUAAUUUCAAAAAUACUUGCCGAUUGGAAUCGAGGUAAAAAUGAUUUCCUUAUUUAAAGGAAAGGGAUCGAAAGUUCUCGUAGAGGUGUGCAAUGGUUGUUUUGUUUUGGUAUUGUAAUAGUGUGGGAAGGGAAAUAGGUCUUGGGCCCACCAUUUAAAAAUAAUAUUACUUUCCUUGUGAGACUUUUUUUAUUCAGUUAUUCAUGUCGAGUCGGGCAACUUAUCUAUUUCGGAAAAUUUUGGGAGGGGGUGUUUCGUAAAUAUACAGGGUGUCCCCGAAAAUAGUGCGUUCCUUUAAGGUAUGGAUAUAAUACACAAUUUAGAACAAAAAAGUCCUAUAACAUUUUUUUCUAAAGUUGACCGUUUCCAAAAAAAAAAUUACAUUUUCUCCAUAUACUGUGGAACCUCGAUUAUCCGUCUCUCUAUUAACCGUCACCUCUGUUAACCAUCAGGGUCCAUACAUAAGUUGUUAUAUUGACUACAUAAGUAAAAAUUUAGUCAUCAAUUAAUUUUGUUUGAGCAUUGCGAUAAGCCAAACGAAAUUCGUUGAAAUGUACACGUGCAGUAAUGCCACCACCGCAUUUUUUAUGUAAAUAAGUUUUGUUCUUAUUCAGGGCUCUGGAUUAAAUUUCAAUUUAAAUAGGUAACGAUAAAUGAUACCAUGCUUUUAGAGUUCUAUUUUUAGAAUCGCAAGCCGAAAAUAAAAACGCACGGCACAAUAAUUAUUAGAUUUGAUGAUUUUACGUCGAUUAAGAAAUUCAGCACUUGCAAAAUGUAAAGUAACAAGAAAACAAACAAAGAAUUCGGAAUAUUUUAAAUCAAACUAAUUCGACUGUACUAACAUAAAUACCUCUUAUAUUGUCAAAUAAAACAUACAAAUACAAUUUAAGAGCUAUAUGAACUAUGUUAUUUUUUUUUAAUGUUCUGUUAACCGUCUUUUCGAUUAUCCGUCAUACCCUUGGUCUGGUGCCCUGACGGAUAAUCGAGGUUCCACUGUAAGUGAAUUUUUAUUUUCAUAAAUUUGAAUGACAUGGCAACGUAGCCUAGAAGAACUUGCCGUGACUGUGGAAAUUUAACCUAAUAACCCCCUUGUUUAUUUACUUUGAGGUGUGAUUUUUGGGGUUGUUGACAUCGUAGGUACCUACCUGCAUAAUAAUGGAUAUGGGUUUGGUUCAUACAGUGGAACCUCGAUAACUCGGAUUAAUCGGGACCGCGACCGAUCCGGGUUAUCGAAAAUCCGAGAUAGCCGGAGAAUAUGGUAAAAAUUAAUAAAAUACGGUAUACUUACAGAUAAACUCCGUUAGAAUUGAAAUAACAUGAAAUAUAUUUAUAACUAUGCACAGUACAUACUCAUUAAAAUUACUAAAAAAAACACCAAACCCAAACGUAAGCAAAUGGAAGCGAACAAUACAAGACACACAAUACUAAAGACCAUUGUUUAUAAAAAGAAUUUUUUAAAUAGUCUUUCCUAAACAAUGCUGACAGUUUGAAAUAAAAAGGAAUAUAUACUACAGACAGGUCGCUGUUGUUUCUGCGGCGUGUGCUAUGAGUCAUUUUUAAUAUCGUAUAGUUCAAAUUACACACAUACACAUUAUCUCUCAAAUAUUAUACAUUUUUAUUGUUGAAAGGUUUGUCUGAUAAUUAACUACUUUGAUUGGAAAUAAGCCACAAUUAAAUUGAAAAAUACAAAAUAUUGAAAAUCAAAAUGUUUAUCUGAUGAAAAUCGGUCCGGGUUAGCCGGACUUCCGGGUUAUCGUGGGCCGACUUAUCGGGGUUCCACUGUAUUUACAUUAUUUUACCUACCAGGUGCAACUGACCUACUUUUUUAAUCUUUAGAUUUUUGAGUUGCGCGUUGUUGCCAGAUUUCAAUUUGCAUAUCAAAAUGUAUUUUCGUUUUUUUGGUCAAACGGAUCAAUUUAGAAAAAAAUGUUAUAAGACUUUUUUGGUCUACAUUGUGCCUUCUACCUAUACCUUUAAGGAACGCACUAUUUUCGGGGACAUCCUGUAGAGAGGAUUCUAAACGUUGGCGCCUCCAACAACUGGAGUACUCUUAAAAAUUUGUCAGACAAUAUUACCAGUUAAUUAUAAAUAUUUUUAUCAAACAGUACUGCAAAAAUCAGCUGUGAGCGUAUUUUAUAUAAAUUUUAUGAAUAUGAUGCGUGCGCCCCUUCAUCUAUGGGGGGCACUAUAGAGUCAUAAAUGAUGGUUUUUUUGCAGGAUUGUUUAAUAAAAAUAAUUAAAUUUACUGGUAAUAUUGCCUGACAAUGCAUAUACUGCAUAUAAGUCUAAUGGAUAGAAAGAUAAACGAGUGGAUAAGAGAGAAAACAAAAGUUAGGGAUGUUAAACAAGAAGUUGCAAAAUUAAAAUGGAGAUUUGCUGGACACAAUAUAAGACAAAGAGAAGACCAAUGGAACAAAAUUCUUAUAAAUUAAAAACUGUGGGACUAUAAACAAAAGGAUUGGGGAGGCCUAUGUCCAAAAUGGACCGAAGAAGGCUAAUUAGAUAGAUUAGACUGUCUGACAAAUUUUCAAAGGUAGUACAGUUGUCGGACGCACCAAAGUUUAGAAACCUCUAUUUAGGAAACGCCCCCCUCCCGAAAAUUUUCCGAAAUAGAAAAGUUUUCCGACCCGACGUGAAUGACUGAAUAAAAAAAGUCUCAUGAAGAAAGUACUAUAUUUUUUUAAAUUGCGGGCCCAAGGACUAAAAAAUGAGGUUUAUAUAUCACAGUUUGUCCCGGUUUUGACCGAGAGAUGCCCCUCACAAUUUCGGAUAACCCCAUUGGGUUGAAGAACUGAUAUUUUUUUCUUAUUUAGUUGUUAUAGGCUGCUGUAUUGUAAAUGAAAAUAAUAAUAAAAUCUCUUUGUAAUAACUA